AUGGACAAUACAACAGAUGUGACGGAGAUUAUGCUUUCAGCACUUUCAAAAGACCCACAUGUCCAGAUUAUGUUCUUUGUCCUUUUUCUUGCUAUCUACAUGUUAACACUUCUGGGGAACACCAUCAUUAUUGUGGUGAUAAAGGUCGACCCUCAUCUUUCUACUCCUAUGUAUUUUUUUCUAUGCAAUCUAUCCUUUACAGACAUUUUCUAUUCCACAGCCAUUGUUCCAAAGAUGCUAGCAAAUUUCUUAAAGCAAGAAUCAAUUUCCCUCCAAGGCUGUCUGGCCCAGAUGUACUUUAUCCUUCUCUCAGCUGGGGCUGAGAUCUUCAUCCUCUCUGCAAUGGCCUAUGACCGAUACGCUGCUAUAUGUGACCCUCUGCAUUAUACUAAUACUAUGAGCAAGAAGAUCUGCAUUCAUUUGACGACUGGGGCAUGGCUAAUGGGUAUUUUGUAUGCAAGUGUUAAUACUGUUCUUGCUCUACACUUACACUUCUGUGGAUCCAAUGAAAUUGGUCACUUUAGCUGUGAGCUUCCACCUUUACUGAAACUUUCUUGCUCAGACACCUUUCUUAAUGAUGUGGCUCUUCUCUCUUCCGCAGUAAUAAUAGGGUUUGGCUCCUUCAUCCCUAUCCUAGUCUCCUAUAUAUGCAUUGUAUCCGCUAUCCUGAAGAUUCAGACCACAGAAGGCAGGCACAAAGCAUUCUCUACCUGCAGCUCCCACCUCAUUGUUGUAGGCUUAUUGUAUGUGACAGCAUUGGUUCAGUACAUGAAACCCAGUUCUGUAUCCUCUACUACAGUGGAUCAGCUACUCGCUAUCCAAUACAGCAUCCUGACUCCCAUGCUUAAUCCCAUAAUCUACAGUUUGAAAAGCAGAGAAGUGAAAGCUUCUCUUACUAGAAUGGCUGGGAAGAUCCAAAUCUUACCAAAAAAUGUACAUAUUCCAAAAUUGUGCAUUUAA